GGUAACGCUACAGACGAUGAAGAGGUUUCUCUUACUUCUGAAAAUCCUUCAUGAGACUUGGAUGAGUCCCAGCUCCACUACCUGGGCAACGGAUGUCAUCCUUGCCUCUGCUUGUGGACUGGCGCACCUCAUCCCAUUAAUCCCUCACCUCCGGACCAACCUAGCCUUCCUGCUGACUGGGAAAAGGAACAACAGGAAGCACCACAGAAAGAAGAGCAGGUGGAACCAGAGCAGGGAGCAGAGCCGCACUCAGAGAACUUGCAGAGAUUGCCCAAAGGAGGUGGUGGAGACUCGGGGCCCAGCUUUAUUUAUGCACAGCCACCCACCCGGACUCUGUGACAAGGGCACGUUUCAUCUAUGCUCAUGUGGAGUUGUGCCAGGUGAGGUGUGCAAACCAGGAGCUGCUCGAGUUCAUCAGCCACAGAGUCACGGGGAGGAAGAGCCCGCUUCCAACACCUGGGCCCUGAGGCUUCCCCCGGCUCCUGUGUCACAGCACCCUCUGCCUCGGUCCUCUGUCCCAACACCAGGGCCUCAGGACCGGUGCAGCUCGGGGAGAAUCCCACAGGACACUGUCACACAAGGCUCCCUUCUCUGGAACUCAGACCCUGCCCACCUGCCCUCUUCCCGCUUGUUCCUCUCCUGCUGCUGGGAAACUGACAAUGCCCUAUUUUUCUUCACCUUGGGCCCACGGCUGUCCCGAGUGCAAACCCUAAUCCAGGAGGGAAAAGGAAGGGGUGGCCUACUUGCCAAAGCCGUGAGCCUAGACCUCGCCCUGGCUUCUCCAGGGAACACGGGAAGGGCCCUGAGGGGCAAGCGAGGCACCACCUCGCAGCCCUUGUGCAACAUCGGACACCAACCACGGUGGCUCCCUGCCUCCCGUCAGCCGUCUUGCCACCUGGCCUUGGGGGACCCUACAGAGCGGGAACGGAGCCAGCUCUGCCGGGGCCUGGUCUUCCUGCAGGGGGAGAACCUGCUGGCUACGGCCUGGCUCUCUGAGAAGUGCUCCUCUGUGGCACUUCAAGCUGUGAAAGUCCCCCAGCUUCCUUCUCGGCUCGCACUUCAUUCUCGGGCUGAAGGCCUCCCGCAGCCUUCAGAGACCCAGCCCUUGACCCACCAAGUGGCCCGACCGCAGCUCUGCACAGCAAACCUGCCCUACUCUGUGCCUCAGGCCCAGACGCAGGCCCCAGACCCACGCUCACCCCCAGACCCCCCACCUUCCUGCCCAUCCCAGGUGAAGGCCUGUACAACCACUGGGCCUACACGCCAGCAGGAGGCACAGUCACCUGUCCCAGUGGAAAAUCAGCAACUGGCAUGGCCUCUGCAGACGCCACCAAAACCCUCGGGCCCUAAGCUCCCAAGAGCGCAGGAACACUCUGCGCAACCCACUCUGAACCUUCCUCAAGGCAGCCAGGCCUCCCAGACCCCCAAGUCUGCCCAUCUUCUUCUGGGGGAGUCUAACAGCCCUGAGCUCCAGGAGCCCACAGAGCUAGCCAGGGUAGAGGGCUUCUGGAGAGACGAACACCUGCCUCGCCCUGCCUUCGGGAUCCAAACAUCCCAGCCAGGGAUGCAGCUGCUGGGCAAACUGCCAGGGAAAGGUCAGGGCCAGGCACAGGGCAAGCAGGGGCCCCCCAUACCCUCAGCUCCUGCUCAUCAAAGCAGCCAAGGGGUGCAGAACAUAGGCUCCUGCAGCCGUGGCAGAGCCUUGAGGAAGGGCACCAGAGCCUUCCAACGAGGCCAGCCUGGGGAUGCUCUUCAACAAGCCCUGGAGAGGGACCCCCAGAGUUCAGGAAGGACCUCCCAGAAGUCUAUUCACAAUGACAUUCAAUAUGAAUGGCGUCAAGGAGUCACUGAUCCAGAGAGCCCAACAGGGUAG